AUCUCACCUCACCUCACCUCACCUCAUCAACCACUGCACCACAUUCUCCUUUUAUUCUUCUUCUUCUUCUUCUUCUUCUUCUUCCUCCUCCUCCUCCUCCUCCUCCCUUAACUUCCUUAUCAUCCUCAUGAUCUCACAUCCUUCUUAUUCUUAUCUUCUUACAAUCGAUCCUUUGUGGUGCAAAUUAAAGAAGAGCAUGGCCAAGAAAAAGUUCAGAGAGACUACCUCUCUUGUUGUCUUCUCCAUCUUUAUACUAAUUGUCUCUUGAGUGCAACAGUUGGUUUGGAUCCAUCCCCUCUUCUUAAUUUGUUCUGUAGCAGGAGUAGAAUUCGGAUCGCAUGAGCUUGCGUACUUAAAUUUGGGGAUCUUUCACUUUUUCCUCCCUUUGCCUAGCUUUCUCGUCUUUAUCCUCUUGUUGAUUAAAUAGGCGAUUCGGAAGGAGACGGAAGGAAUUAAUUUUGCACCCGGCCAGGAGAAGAAACCAAAUGAAAGGUAAGAAAUAGGGAGAAAAAUUUGGUGUUUUUAUUCCUGCUUCCGUCCAAGCCCAUGGCAGCGGCUUCUUCGUCGGUACCUUUCUUUGGAAUUAGAGACGAAGACGAGCAUGAGCUCAGCAAGCAACAGUCGACGACCGCCGCUGCUCCUCCGCCUGGCUCUGCUACUGCUUUGGCUCCUCCCAAGAAGAAGAGAAAUCAGCCAGGAAAUCCAAAUGGUAAUUGAAUUAGAUCCGGACGCGGAGGUGAUCGCACUGUCGCCGAAGACGCUGAUGGCGACGAACAGGUUCAUCUGCGAGGUGUGCAACAAGGGGUUCCAGCGGGAGCAAAACCUGCAGCUGCACCGGCGGGGUCACAACCUGCCCUGGAAGCUGAAGCAGAAGAACCCCAAGGAGGCGCGGAGGCGGGUGUAUCUCUGCCCCGAGCCUUCCUGCGUCCACCACGACCCCUCCCGCGCCCUCGGCGACCUCACCGGCAUCAAGAAGCACUUCUGCCGCAAGCACGGCGAGAAGAAGUGGAAGUGCGACAAGUGCUCCAAGAAGUACGCCGUCCAGUCCGACUGGAAGGCCCACUCCAAGACCUGCGGUACCCGCGAGUACCGCUGCGACUGCGGCACUCUUUUUUCCAGGCGCGAUAGCUUCAUCACUCACAGAGCCUUCUGCGACGCGCUCGCUCAAGAAUCGGCCACCAGGCUUCCCAAUGGCAUUGCUUCCGCCGGAGUCGGUGGCGGUGGGAGACAAUUUUACGGCGGCAGUGCGGGAGUUGGAGGCGGAAUCAAUUUGGACCUUAUUUCUCCGGCGAAUCCUCCACAGUUCGGCCAGUUGAGUAGUACCACUUCCUUGUUCCGGCCGUCGCAAUCCUACCUUUCUGGAGCCGGCUCCGGGCACGACUUUAAUAGCUUGAUUCAAGACAUGCACAGUAAUACCACGGCUGGCGCUUCUUCGACAGGAAAUCUUUACAACCUCAGCUUCUUCUCCAACAACGCUGGGGCCACCGGCGCUGGUGCGGCCGCUGCCAACAUGCCCCUCCCAUCCGAUCAAUUUCCCAACUCGAGGUCCAGCGGCGGUGGUCUUUUCCCCAGCAUCAACAUCAAAAACAACGUGCCGUCACUACUCGUGGCCGAUCCAACCGAACCCGCCGCUUCGUCACCAGCACUGCCACAGAUGUCCGCCACCGCGCUGCUUCAGAAGGCCGCGCAAAUGGGCGCCGCGGCGUCGAACAGCCGCAGCUCUCUGCUUUCCGGUUUUGUCGGCGCAUACCAUUCAGAGACCACCCAGAGGGCGCAAUUGGUGGACAACGAGAGGAGCUUCCAAACCCUAAUGAAUUCACUUGGCGGUGGCGCCGGGGCGUUCGCCAAUAACUUGGACGACGGCAGCCCCAAGCUCCACCACGUCGUCGGCGCGGGAACUCCGCCGCCCGACAACGGGCUCACGAGGGACUUCCUCGGCGUCGCCAACUUAAGCGUCUUAGAAUCGGAGAUGAAAUCGGCUUUCUCGAGGAGGAGCAACAACCCAUGAGAAUUCUUCUUCAGCUAGCAUAUGCACUAGAUCGAGGUAGGCAGCUCCAAUAAUCAAUCGAUCAACUGCACUUUAUCGUAGCGGUGUAAUAUGUGCAAGACUCCUCAUAAUUAACUGCUCGAUCGAAUUAAGAUUAAUUAUCCAGACUUUGAUUCAA